UUGAAGGCUCAAGAUUGCGGUGUUUUCGUUGGAAAUCUGUCGGAAACCGCUCGAGCGGCAGCAGAAAUGAAGAAAUCUCUUCAAGAAAAGUGGAAGACAAUUUGAAAAAAUUCUUCUGAGGCGUGCAAAUGGUGCAAGCGUACUACAUUGGAGGCGUUAUUCUCCUGUUCGCUGUGUUGUGGCAAGUGGGGUUUCUCCAAGCGCUCUCCUCGACAAUAUGGGAUUGUUUUGUGGCACUGUUGGGAAUUUUCUCGGGCAUUAUGCUGUACCUUCUCUCUGGGAAACAGCGAAAUCCUUCAACACCGAGGCCAUCGAAGAGAGUUGACACUGUGACAAGUUUUCUUGCCAAGUUAACUCGAAGCCAGACUCACAAACCGUACAAGCAUAAAACUGUAAUCUCACGGCCGGUCGACAAGACCAUCCAAGGGGUGUUUGAUUACUUUAUCCGCGAUUUUUGCCUUUCGUGGUUUCGUGACAUGGGAAAAGACGAAACUGCUUUCGUUGAUUUGUUGACUGAAGAACUCUGGGUUGUAACGGCCAAUGUCGUGGAGAGACUAAAAUGUAUCGAUACUGUAAAGUUCGUUUCCAACGAUGUGGUUGAAAUUCUCAGCAGACACUUUCAAAAGUUGCGACUUGCAGACACACGAAUCUCCUCGGACAAUGCCCUUCCUUUUGUCCUUCAUCCUUGCCUCACAAGCAGAACUGAAGAACUGGAAUAUCUACGGAAAGCUUCUGAGGUUUUACUCUACUGUCUUCUUCCACCAAAGAAUUCUCGUUGUUCCACUAUGCGGUAUCUUCUUCGAGAGAUUUUAGCUUUCUCUGUGUUUCAGCCUCUGGCUGACAUGCUCUGUGAUCCAGAUUAUAUCAACAAAACGCUUCUCGUGCACUUGGAGGCAAAAGAAGCUCUCACAGCUCAGCACAAACAAGGUUAUGCUUAUGCGGAAACAUACGAAGACUUCAUCAAAUUGAUCAGCACUUCAAACUCAGUAGAAGCUUUGAAGCAAAUCAGGUAUCACAUCAUUGCAGAAAUCAUGCAGGCAACUACGAUUAAUAACUUAAAAGGAAUUGACCAGUUUGGGCAAGAUGACAAGCAAGGAAAAGCACUGAGAAAGGAUGCGCGGCUAAGAGCUCGUAAUCUGAAGCGUUACAUCAAUCAGUGUACUGUGGCUAAAUCACAGUGUGAGCGACGUAUAAAGAUCCUAGGGGGUCCUGACUACACUAAUCAUGGUGGUACAGAAGUGAAACAGUCCGGGCAGGAGAAAGUGAAGCUGCCUCAAAAACUUUCAAAACCCCAAGCCAAAGUGUUGAGUUUCACUGACGUCAUGGAAAACAGCUUGGCAAGGAGUUUUUUCAUGAUGUUCCUUCAGAAUAAAACUGGAAGCAAAAAUAUGCUCAGUUUCUGGAUGGCAGUAGAGAACCUCAAGUUAGUAAAACACAAUGAACUACACAAGAGUGCACAGGAAAUAUACCAGGUAUAUGUUGUGCCGUCUUCAGACAAAUCUGUGAUGCUGGACACAACACUGAUCAGGGGAAUGGAGCAGUAUCUGCAGGGAACUCAUGGUCUCCAAGCAUUCUUUGAGGCACAAAAAAGGGCUUAUAAAAAUCUGGAGGAGAAGUUUUAUCGCAAGUUUGUGCUGAGUGAAGAAUACUUAAUGUUUGUGUGCCAGUCAGAAGCAGAAUUGGAUGACUUGCGUGCUCAAAGGAGGGAUGAAGAUGAUCUGGAUGUGGACACCACUGACGAUGACAGAGAUGAUGAUGAUGAUGAUGAUGAUGAUGAUGAUGAGGUUGAAGACAGUGAUUUAAGUGAUGGAACUCCAAAGCUUGCUCGCAAGCCAAGCACUGUGGAAGAGCGAAGUGACGCAAUUGUGAACAAGUUGGAAGUCCUAGAUCAAAGACUUGCUUUAAAGACACAGCAACUUGAACUUGAAAAGAGAAGUUAUGGAGCUGACGUAAAGGAAAUGGAGCUACUAAGAGAAAUUGAGAGGUUAAAAACUGAGAGAAGACAGCUGGAGUUCCAUGUGGAGAGAACAGGUACAGAAAACUCAACAAAAGUUUGUCAUUACAAUGUAAUUGAAGGCUUUCAUGCAAAAAGGGCAAAACUUUUCAAACUCCCACAUCAACUUUUUAUCAUGCAGUGGAAUCCAGAUGGUGAAAGGACAAUUCCUGUUUAUGCAAUUGUGGUUCACAGUGCUGCAGAAGAGCAUGAAGGCCUACCCCCAGGAGGAAAGCCAAACAAAGGAGAUGGGAAUUUCAAUUCAGAGGGAUGGGUUGUUACCAGGAGAUUCAGAGAUUUUGAGACUCUUCAUGUCAACUUGAAAGAGUGUUGUAGCUGGCUCACUCGUGAAUUGCCUGUACCUUCCAAGAAAUGGUACAAAUCCAUUGAUGAUGAGUUCUUAGAACGAUCAAGAAAAGCUUUGGAAGAGUACCUACAGACAUUGUUAGCAGAUGAAAAGCUGUGCUUGAGUGAAGAACUGUAUUCAUUUCUCAGCCCAAGCCCUGAGCAUCUCAAAAAGCAAAGUGAACCAACCAAGAAAGGGUUUUCCCUUUUGUCAGUGUUAAAAAGCUUACCUUUUGACAUUAUUCCUGCUGCUGAAGAAGCUGAUGAGGAAACUGGUCUUGAUCAAGAUGACAGUUCAAUGCGUAAAGAUUCCAUAGCUGAGCCAUUUUAUGGACUGAUUGGUGAAAUUUUUGAGCUAAAGGGAGUUUUCAAAUGGCUGCGGAGAACUUUAAUAGCAUUUGUACAAGUUACAUUUGGAGGUACCAUUAACAAAGAAAUUCACCGCAUGGUGGAGUGGCUUGUAUCAGAAUCAAUGGUGAUGUACUACAUUCACCUGUUCCGCGACUCAAUGUGGCCUGGAGGAGAACUAGCUAAACCUGCGACGCCACGUACUGAAACAGAAAAACUUGAAACAAGCAGAAAAGCAAGACAAAAGCUUCUAAAGAACAUCCCAGAAGUUCUUCAGAAUCUGGUGGGAAAGAAAAACAGCAAACUUGGAACUCUGAAGGUGUUUGAGGCUUUUCAGGAUAUCAGAGUCACCAAACAUCUUUUCUAUAAUCUUUUUGAGCUUAUUCUAUUCACCCUUUGCCCAGAAGUCAUAUCUGAGGAUGUCAAACAGAGAGCAAGGAUCAUGAAAAAUAGGCAAGAAGCUUUGCCUGUUAACAAGCCCUCAUAAACACUCUCAAUUGAGCAUAAUUAGGCUUUAAGAAAUAACUGUUAUAUGUAUUUGUAAUAUACAUAGUACCCUGCACAUGCUCUGAUUGGUUAAAAACCCAUGUUUUGUCAGAGUGUAAAACAUAGGAAAAGUGUGUUUUACUGUUUUGCUCGUAUAAAAUCUAUAUCAUAAAGCAAAUGAAGAAGCCUAAGCCAUGUAUUACACUGUG